AUGGAAGGUUCUUCGGGAAAAGAAGUUGGCAAACAAGGAUGGAGGUGUAUUCGUUUGAGGAAAGCCGCGCAUUUCCACGGCGCGAAAGUAGGCGAGAGUAUUCUUAAUGUGGAGGAUCGGAACCUGGGCAACGCGACGGGGUGGCCGCAAAAACACCGGGCAAACAAGACUGCCAGAGAUGCAACAAAAUUUGCAACGCCGUCGUAAUACAGAUGCUAAGAGCAUCGAUUGGCCUAGAGACGAGCAAAAAAAAAAAAAGAAAAAAGAGAAAAGGAGUCUUAACUCCGGUGUAAUGUACGUAACGAGGGUAGAGGGGCGUUCUAAUCUGUCAGUCGCAUCGUUCGUUCGAUCUCCAAUCUGUUACCUACCCGUAGGAAGAACCGACCCUUAA